AUGUCUAACGAAUCGUUCGACCACCUCUCGGAUGCCUCGGACCUUGGAGACGUCUCGAAUCAAGAUCAAAAGGAAGAUCCUGUUCCACUGGUUCCAACGAAACAACGGGAAGACGUAGCCCAUCAGAAACUUGUACACUUCGUCAUCGUGCUCGUUGCUCUCUGUUUUCUAGCAGCUUCCAAUCCGAAGAAAGCGGCUCCAGUUGCCAACACGACCAUCAAUACCACCUUCGAUGCUACCGCCUAUCGUUUGGCUCUCGGAGAACGUCAAAUGCUGCAAAGGACCAAACUGUUCGAGAACGAGGAAAAAAUUGCGAGAGCACAACGAGUGAUGCAAUCAAGGACGUGGUCAAAACUCGCAGAUGUUCCAGAAUACUACUGGGACAAGUACAUCCCGGACCCAACUCGCUUCGAAGGUGUCGAGAUGUAUCUUCACAUGACGAAGCAGAAUGGCACACAAGUUGCGGAGGCCCUCUAUUUCUACCCGAUCAAAUUUCGGAAGGGCGGUAAGGAAGGGGAUAUCUUGGUUUCAUGGCCAUCUCUGAAUGGCGACAUCUUUGAUGUGGCCAACGUGGGAAGCUGCGAUCCGAAGACUGAGUGCCUCCAGGGUACCUACCAAAUUGAGAAGGGCGAUCUAGUUUUUGAGUACACUUUUACCAUGGAAGGAGGACAGAAGUUGAUUGUGAAACACGUCUUCUACAUUCCAGUAGACAGCAUCCUUUAA